GGGGCGUGGCCGGAGGCCGGACCGUUGCGCGGCCCUAACCGUCGUUACCGCGGCUGAGGAGCGCCGCGCUCGGGGCCCGGUCGCGCUGCUCCGCGGAGGCACGUCCCGUCCCGCCCGGCCCGCUGCGGGCGGCCGCCAGGAAUUGCGUUUGGAAAAUGCCGAACCGGAGGUUUGCCGAUGGCGAGGUGGUGAUGGGUCGUUGGCCAGGAAGUGUCCUGUAUUAUGAAGUACAAGUGACUAAUUACGAUGAUGUUACUCAUCUUUAUACUGUUAAGUACAAAGAUGGGACUGAACUUGCUUUGAAAGAAAGUGAUAUAAAGUCCCAAUCAUCAUUCAAGCACAGGAAAAGCCAGUCUUCUUCGAGUUCUCCUUCCAGAAGAAGUACUAGCAGAUCUCGAUCUAGAUCUCCCGGUCGGCCAGCAAAAGGCAGACGUCGUUCUUCUUCUCAAAGCAGAGAACAUAAAGAUGACAAAAAGAAAAUUAUUCAGGAAACCAAUUUAGCUCUACUGAAACCAAGUGAGAACAACACCAGGAGGUACAAUGGUGAACCUGACAGCACAGAGAGAAAUGACACGUCCAGCAAAAUCUUGGAGCAAAAAUUGAAACCAGACCUGGAAAUAGAGCGUGUGCUCGAUCAGUACAGCUUGCGUCCAAGAAAAGAAGAAAAGAAAAGAGAAGAGAUAUAUUCAGAGAAAAAGGUUUUUGAGACAAUAAAAACUACUGAGAAAGUAUCAUCAAAAACAAAAGAGCUGGAGUUUGGUGGAAGAUUUGGGACCUUCAUGCUGAUAUUUUUCCUACCUGCUACUGUAUUCUACUUGCUGUUGAUGUGUGAACAAGAUGACCCCAGCGUUAUGAACUUCCCUCCUCCUAUGCCAGCACUUGAAAGUCUCUGGGAAGCUAGGGUGUUUGGUGUCUUUCUUCUGUGGUUUUUCCUUCAAGCUCUGUUCUACUCACUGCCAAUUGGAAAGGUUGUGGAAGGCCUACCUCUUUCAAAUGGAACAAAGCUGCAGUACAGGAUAAAUGGGUUUUAUGCUUUUGUUUUGACUGCUGCAAUUAUUGGAAUAUUAUUAUAUUUUCAAUUCGAACUUCAUUAUUUGUACGAACACUUCCUGCAGUUUGCAGUAUCAGCUGCAGCUUUUUCUAUGGGAUUGAGCAUUUAUCUGUAUAUCCGGUCCCUGAAAGCACCUGAGGAAGACCUAGCACCAGGUGGAAAUUCUGGGUAUUUUGUUUAUGACUUCUUUACUGGACAUGAAUUGAACCCUCGUAUUGGCAGUUUUGACCUCAAAUACUUCUGUGAGUUGCGUCCAGGAUUAAUUGGCUGGGUUGUUAUAAACUUGGUGAUGCUCUUGGCUGAGAUGAAGAUACAUAAUCAGAGUAUGCCAUCUUUGUCAAUGAUACUUGUGAACAGCUUUCAGCUUCUUUAUGUGGUAGAUGCUCUUUGGAAUGAGGAAGCUGUUUUGACUACAAUGGAUAUUACCCAUGAUGGAUUUGGAUUCAUGCUAGCAUUUGGAGAUUUGGUAUGGGUUCCAUUUGUCUACAGUCUGCAGGCCUUCUAUUUAGUUGGACAUCCUACUGCAAUUUCUUGGCCUGUUGCUGCUGCAAUUAUUAUUCUGAAUGGUAUUGGGUAUUACAUAUUCCGUAGUGCAAAUUCUCAGAAAAAUAGUUUCCGAAGGAAUCCAGCAGAUCCCAAAUUGGCCUAUCUGAAAUUUAUACCCACUGCAACUGGAAAAGGGCUUCUUGUUACAGGUUGGUGGGGUUUUGUCCGUCACCCUAAUUAUCUUGGUGACAUCAUCAUGGCAUUAGCAUGGUCCCUACCCUGUGGUUUUAAUCACAUUUUGCCAUAUUUCUAUGUGAUUUAUUUCAUCUGCUUGCUUGUUCAUCGGGAAGCUCGUGAUGAACAUCAUUGUAAGAAAAAGUAUGGCUUGGCAUGGGAAAGGUAUUGUCAGCGUGUACCAUACCGCAUAUUUCCUUACAUUUACUAGAGCACUCCAGAUACCUGUUUUGCAAAUUACUUCUAAAGUUUCUUUGCAAAUAAAAAUAUACCUCUUACCUUU